AUGCGACUUCUACAGAUGGGCCGGUUGGGAGCUGGCCAUUUGCCCGUCUUUUUUGGCAUCAUCUUCACCAUGAUGCUGGGUAAGUAAUUUUCUUCUAUUGAUUGGCAAGUUUAGGUUGAAUUGGAUGCUUUUAAUUAUUAUUGGAAGUAAGUUUAAUUCUUUUGGCAAAAAAAUGAGGGGGGAUAAUUAAAAGGGCAGAUCUAUUUUAUUUUUACCAUAUAUCUUCAGGAGCAACGUACUGUUUUGCCGUUUAUCAUGGAGACGUUGAUCCAGUUUUUCCUUACAUAUCGGCCAGUGGAGAUUCCCGCCCUGAGAGCUGUGUAUUCUCGAUGUUACUUAACUUAUGUGCGUUGCUAUCUGUGGUUAUUGUUUAUCUCAGGUAACUUAUUGUGUUUUAGAAAUGAAAGAUUGCUUUUCAUUUUUAUGAAAAAUUACGUUGUAAAACUACGUAGGUUUACAAAAUUUUGUUAAUGAAAAGUAAAUAACCGUUUUUAACGUUACUUUUCAGAUAUUCACUCAUAGCCGAGCUGAAUCGUUCUUCUAACAUACUGCUCAAACGUUUGAAUCGAAUUGCUUUAUACUUUGGGACCAUUGGAGGUAUUGGAAUGUGUAUAGUAGCCAACUUCCAAGAGACGGCCGUGGUCAAGAUUCAUUUGUUUGGUGCAUUAAAUUGUUUUGGAUUUGGUGGAUUAUACAUGAUAUUACAAUCGAUCAUCUCACACAUAAUGUGUCCUUUGUUUGCUGGACGACGUGCAGCGAACGUGCGAUCGGUGUUAGCUAUAGUCAGUGUUAUAGCGUUCUUUGUUGGUAUGGGUUUGUUCAGUUCUUUUAGUCUUUGGAAUAUUCACAUUGAUUAUGUAAAGUAUUUUACUUAAAAUUCUUAAAGGUCAAUGGUGACUACUGUUUUUAGCGGUUUACUAUGGUGUGGCAGCGGUGAACAUGUUCCACAAGUUCCAUCCAGAUUUACCUACACCAAGGCCGUGGUCUCGUAAACAAAUGCAUGAGGUACGGCAUGCAAAUAGUAUAUUUGUUUGCAAAUUUACCACUUAUUCAACAUAUUUAAAAAACAUUUUGGUGGAAUUAAAAAAAAGUCAAUUUAUUGUUGAUAUUCGUAAUUCUAGGGCUACGAACUCCAUUGUGUGUCUGCAAUAGCCGAGUGGACCUUGGCUCUGAUGAACAUGGCAUUUAUACUUUCAUUUUCCCGAGAUUUCGAAAAGAUCCGCGUUGAUCUUCGAGUGAAUCCGCUGGUCGGCCAUCUCGACCAAAGCCCCAUUUGGAGGUCCGAGUCCGAUUUGGCGAACGCUUUACCUUAA